AUGAAUUUAUCAGAUGAUAAUACCUUUGGAAACGGACUUUUAUACGUUGGAUUUAAUCAAGACCAAGGUUGUUUUGCGUGCGGAACAGAGAAUGGAUUUCGGGUGUUCAAUAGCGACCCACUUAAAGAGAAAGAGCGACAGAAUUUUGCUCAAGGCGGACUUUCUUACGUUGAAAUGUUAUUCAGAUGCAAUUAUAUGGCCUUAGUAGGUGGUGGUAAAACCCCCGUGUAUCCUCCGAAUCGUGUUAUAAUAUGGGACGAUUUAAAGAAAGAUUCAGCAAUAUCUCUCGAUUUCAACAGUCCUGUAAAAGCCGUAAAACUAAGAAGAGACCGUAUUGUUGUUGUAUUAGAGAACUUGAUCAAGGUGUACACAUUCACGGCUCAGCCACAAUUGCUGCAUGUGUUUGAAACCUGUCAAAACACACGAGGUCUGUGUGUUGUAUGCCCUAACAGCAAUAAUGCUCUACUUGCUUAUCCAAGUCGUAAAACAGGGCAUGUUCAGUUAGUAGAACUAAGUAGUCAUGCAGGCCCAAGUACAGCACCAGAAGGGCACCUUAUAACAGCUCAUGAAGCACCACUCAGCUGCCUGGCCCUCAAUGUUGGUGGUACCAGACUAGCCACAGCUUCUACUAAAGGCACACUUAUCAGAGUAUUUGAUACAGUUACUGGACAGAAACUGGCUGAAUUAAGGAGAGGGGCACAUCAGGCCAUAAUUUACUGCAUAAACUUUAAUCACUCUAGCACCAACUUAUGUGUUACAUCAGAUCAUGGCACUGUCCAUGUAUUCAGCCUUGAAGAUGAAAAACUUAACAAGCAGUCAAGCCUGGCAACCGUCAAUUUCUUGCCUAAAUAUUUUUCAAGCAAUUGGAGUUUUUGCAAAUUUACUAUACCAAAUGGGCCCCCGUGCAUCUGUGCAUUUGGAGUUGACAAAAGUUCCAUUAUUGUGAUCUGUGCCGAUGGAUCUUACUACAAGUAUAAAUUUAAUGAAAAAGGCGAAUGCACAAGAGAUGUAUACGCUCAGUUCCUCGAAACUUCAGAAGAUAGAUAA